AUUCGGCGGUUCCAAAUGGAAUAAAUAAUGGCUACGAUGACAACGAGGAUGACAUCUCGUUUGCAAGUGACAAACAUCGCAAUUCGCGCCUAAGGAAUCGCGGUGUGAGCGAGAAUAGUGUGGACAAUAAGGAGGAAGCGAUGGAAGUCGAUUCUGCGGAACCGGAGACCAGUAGCCACGAGGAGAACGGUGACGGACCCGUCUCUUUGAGUUCGGACAAAACAAGUGAUGCCGUCGUCCUUGACGACGAAAGUGAGGAUUUAGUGAAAAAGCAGAACGCGCGCGGAAAAAACAGUUCCGUCAGCGAGUCGAUGGACGUUGACGUGCGCAGCAGUACCUCGGACGUUGAGUGCCUUGGUGACGAGGACGCUGAGGAUGAGGUGCACGACGUUGACGAGGAAGACGUAGUGAACGAUGAGGAAAAUGACGAUGAUGACGACGACGACGACGAUGUUGUUGAAGAUGAGAAGGACCGUGCUAUCGAACUUGUCGAUAGCAGCCUCGAGAACUCGGACCUUAAGAUUUGUGAGGAAAAUGGCAGUCUUGGCAGCCCAGACAUUGAGGAAAUCACAGAUGGGGGUAAGAGUAACGGUCACGAUGACGAGCACGCGUCCAAUGAGACCACUCCGAAAAAGACUGCUAAAAAGCCAGUGGAUCUCAGUAACGUUACGCCUCGUAGGAGCUCUCGAAACGCCAAUCGAAAGACCUACCUGGAACGAGAUUUAGAAGACGACAACAGUAUGACUAUCGACAACAGUUCGGACAUUGAGGAGAUCAAACUAGAAGAUCCCCUGGCCGAAGUUGACAGCAAAGACAAAGAAAACUCCAAGCUCAAAAGCUCGUUGUCGUCGCCAUCGUUGGCUUCGUCAUCACUGAAGAACCUUUCUUCAAACAAAAACACAAUCGUCGUAAACGAUACGAAGCGGCUAGUAGAAAUAGCAGCUGGUAGUAAAAAUAUGAAAGGUGGCAAGAAGGAGCCCACUUUGGUCAUAAUAGACACAAACUCAAUUCUGUCAGGCAAGGGCGGCGUGCCCGUCUCAAACAGUUCAAAGUCACACCAUCAUCACCACCACCACCAUCAGCAGCAUCAACACCAAUCGUCCUCGUCAAAUUUGCAUGGGAUGUCAAGUUCCAGCUCGAGUUCCUUCUCAAUGAUGCCGAUCGGUGUUGGCCCUCAACAAAUGUACGGCAAUACCCGAACGACCAUAAUGCCCGUGCCAAUGAAGGCGCCUCACAUCAGUAACAAAUCUACGACGAUCACACCUGUCAUGAAUCCGCUCCAUCAGCAGUCACUUCAGCAGCAUCAUCACCAUCAACAGCAACAGCAGCAACAACCUUUGCCGCAAAUAUUGCCGACUUUGACGGAUGAUAUGUUUGUUGUUGAGGCGCCGUCGUUUAUUGUACCUUAUGUAUACGAAAAGCCACCGCUUAAGCCCAUGAAGGAGUUUGUUGACAGAUUAGAUCACAGCAUUAAAGAAUUCGAAAAGGAGGAAAAGAUUCAAAAGCAGAAAGAAAAGGAAAAAAAUAAAGCUGAGGGCAAAGAUGAUGAAGACGAUAGCGACGAUGAAGAGAAGAUAGAAGAUAGAUUUGUAGAAAAAGAAAAGAGUGAGGAAGAGAAAAACAAAAGUUCUUCUUACUUUGAUUUACCCCUUGGUAAAUUUUUCAUCUCCAUUGGUGUUGGUCUCGUGCAAGAAUAUGUACAGACUGAUCUUUUGCGCACUCAGAAACGCAAACACAGCAAAGGUGGCACGACAGCCGAAACUCAAAUGGCAAUUAACUCCCUUAUAAAGAAUCUUGAAUUCAGCAAAGAAAAUAACGAGCCGUUCCGAUUCGAGCUCAAAAAGUGCGAGUUCUGCAAUUUCAAAACUGAGUCGGCAUUGGUCAUGCAGCACCAUCUUGAGACGCCUCAUAUGCGUAACUAUGUGUACAAAUGUAACUUUUGUACAGUGGAGGUUCGCAGUCCACAUGACAUUCUGUUUCACAUGGAAGCAGAACACAACACGCGGGGAAGAUUGGAGCGCAGUCCAGCUUUCCACCAAUGCCCAAACUGUCCAUUCGAGGACAAUCAGAAGGGUAAACUUACGCGGCACAUUCUUGCUUGCCAGAAAAAGUUUCGACCCGAGAGGAAUCUAGAGCCGUCGAUGGAUUGGGAACCACCUGCGAAAAUUCCCAGGCUCAAUCGACCACGGAAUAUGGGUCCUCAACCAUCUCCAAGUGCCUUGGCAAUGGCGAUGAACGUCAAAGGACAACAGUCUGUGCUGCCUAAGUUGUUGCCCGCGCCGGUCACUGGUAGAGGUAGAGGAAGGCCACCUGUGCAUCCGAGGUACCCAGACUUGAAAAAUCUCAGACCGACUGGAGUGCCACCCAAUAUGCGACAAGAUAAUAUGUCAAGCAUGAUGUAUCGGCCAACUUCGUCAGGACUAAUGGUGCCUAAUCCAAAUCAAUAUUACAGUAAUAACCAAAUAUUCCAGGUGGUGGGUGGCUCUGGGACUGUCGUUUCGGCUGUAUCAGGGUUGAGCAGCAGUAGUGGCAACAGUUCCGGACGACCCAUGCCCAUUGCCCUAUUACCCAACGUUAGUGAAUCCCAGUCUAGGUUACUCUCGGCACAGAAUACUUCGGUUACCACUUCUGCUGGCAAAAACCCAACAGCUAAAUUAAUGAGUCAACCAAGUAUAUCGAUAACUCCUCUACCUCGCACAGCACCGCAGCCCUCAGCUCCUGGUUCAGGCAGUCCAGCAAGGACCGGAGGGAAGAGCACGUUCGUUAUAUGUGAAAUUUGCGACGGCUAUAUUAAAGAUUUAGAGCAGCUGAGAAACCAUAUGCAGUGGAUUCAUAAAGUCAAGAUACACCCAAAGAUGAUUUAUAAUAGACCGCCAUUGAACUGCCAAAAGUGUCAAUUUCGGUUUUUCACAGAUCAGGGUUUAGAAAGACAUUUACUUGGAUCUCACGGCUUGGUUACCUCCAGUAUGCAAGAAGCUGCCAAUAGAGGCAAAGAUGCAGGUCGUUGUCCGGCUUGUGGACGUGUUUAUCAAUGGAAAUUAUUAAAUCACGUGGCCCGAGAUCAUAACAUGACCCUCAAGCCGGCACAUUUAUCUUACAAAUGUACCGUCUGCACUGCCACAUUCGGAAUGUAUAAACAAUUUGAAAAUCAUGUUUACAGCGCGCAUAGUGUCGUAGCCAAACGCGUUGUAGACAAGAAGAGCAGUGCUCCUUCGCCGCCGUCCUCGAGAUCCAGCGAUUCGCUCCUGAAACCUUUAAAGAUCAACGACGAGAUCACCAUUAUUCCGCAACCAGCGAAAUCAACAUCCAGGUCUGUGCCCCAGGGUCGUGGCAAAUAGCAAUGAUAAGCCAUUGCAGACAGAAAUAAUGAAACUUUCUCAGCCACUCACUAAAAAGCAUCACGCAAGUGUAAGCACUCGUGGUAUUCAAGUAUACUUUAGUUAAGAAA